GCGUGGCCUCCGGGUCCCGGGCGGAUUACAAGAGGCGGCAAGCGGGGCUCGGGACUCCACUCGGCGUCCGUCGGCGCCCCCGGUCUCCCGCGUGUCGUCGGCUCUUCCCGCCGAACUUGCCCGCUAGCUACCGGUGAGGCGGCGACUGGAACCCCGCGGAGGGCUCUCGCACCCGCCUCUGCUUCAGGAGCCCGGAAGCCCGGUGUUGCUGCAGGGAGCCAUGCGCCGCGUCCCGCCCGGCGUCCUGCCCUUGGGGCUGGUGUUGCUGGCCUGGGGGGCCCAAGGCCUUUUCCUGCCCAACGCCACCCACUGGGAGCAGCUGCUCGCCAAGUACCGGCAGGACGCGCCCCACGCCCGCGCGCGCAGGGCCAUCUCCAGGGCCGACCGCGAGGAGAUCCUGAUGCUGCACAACAAGCUCCGUGGCCAGGUGCAGCCGGCGGCCUCCAACAUGGAGUACAUGACCUGGGAUGAAGAGCUGGAGAGGUCGGCGGCGUCCUGGGCCCAGCAGUGCCUCUGGGAACACGGGCCCUCCAGCCUGCUGGUGUUCGUCGGGCAGAACCUGGCUGUGCACUGGGGCAGGUACCGCUCCCCGGCGAUGCACGUGCAGGCCUGGUAUGACGAGGUGAAGGACUUCAUCUUCCCCCAGCCCCACGAGUGCAGCCCGUGGUGUCCGGAGAGGUGCCUGGGGCCCACGUGCGCCCACUACACGCAGGUGGUCUGGGCCACCACCAACAAGAUGGGCUGUGCCGUGAACACCUGCCGCCGCAUGGACGUGUGGGGGAGCAUCUGGGAGAACGCCGUGUACCUCGUCUGCAACUACUCUCCCAAGGGAAACUGGAUCGGAGAAGCCCCCUACAAAGCCGGCCCGCCCUGCUCCGCGUGCCCACCCAGCUACGGAGGCGGCUGCUGGAACAACCUGUGUUACAAAGGAAGCUUCCCUGGAUUUGGCCGACAGACGCUGCAGCUGCCCAAGUACGCCCAUCGACCCUAUGUCCCGCGUCGACUUUUCCCAUCCCACGGUCACGACUGCGGGCCGCUCCAGGGCCAGGUGGCAGAAGAGACCCAGGACCGACAGCCUGAGACGGACGAGACGAACGAGGUGGAGACGGCGUCCAUUCCCGGAGAAAGAUACGUGUGGGAGCAGCCACGCGUGACCAGGCCCAUGAAGCCGGAGCGCACGGCCGCGGGCAGCUACAUGACGCAAGUCAUCCAGUGCGACACCAAGAUGAAGGACAGGUGUCAAGGGUCCACGUGCAACAGGUACCACUGCCCAGCCGGCUGCCUGCACGACAAGACCAAGAUCUUCGGGUCUCUGUUCUAUGAAAGUUCGUCCAGCAUAUGCCGGGCCGCCCUCCACCACGGGGUCCUCAACGACACGGGCGGGCUGGUGGACGUGACCAGGAACGGGAGGAAGCCGUUCUUUGUGAAGUCGCAGAAGCACGGCGUGGAGUCUCUGAGCAAGUACAAGCCUUCCGGCUCCUUCCUGGUGUCCAAGGUGAAAGUGCAGGACCUGGACUGCCACACCACGGUCGCUCAGCUCUGCCCAUUUGAAAAGCCCAUGUCCCACUGCCCGAGAGUGCGGUGCCCAGCGCGCUAGUUCGGGCAUCUGCAGGGCGGCCGUGCACGCGGGGGCCGUCGUCGAUGAGCUCGGGGGUUACGUGGACGUGAUGCCGGUCGACAAGAAGAAGAGCUACGCGGGCUCGCUCAGGAACGGGGUGCAGUCGGAGAGCCUGAGCGCGCCUGGGGACGGCAAGGCCUUCCGGAUCUUUGCGGUCAGGCAGUGAAGUCCAGCACCAGGCGCUGGGGCACGUCCUGCACAGGACUUCGGGGUUCUGCUUGUUACUUUACAGCGCUGGGUGGGUGUGGGUGGGAAUCCGGACGGUCAGGAGCCCUGUGAGUGGCGUCCGACGUCUCGUCCCUCUGUGGUCCCUGGCGAGGUGUCGUCUUGGGCCUCGGGUCUGGGCUGCAGGACUGGUGCCCCGUCCCGCCGGGGGUCUCCCUCGGGGGCCCCGACCCGUCUCUCAGAGCUCGCUGCCGAGUGCUCUCUUGGUGGUGGACGGAGGGGGAGGCCCGCACAGCCCCCCCAGCGAGGCGUCCAGGGCCGCAGGGGCAGCGGGAGGAGAGACAGAGUGAGCUUCGGGAAUGGAGCGAACGGACUUAUUUAAAAACAAAAGCCGCGGUCCUUCCCUGCCCCGGAGAAAACUGGGCUCGAUGUUUGCUGGUCAAACGGCCGGGGCGGGAGAGGCCCAAGCGCCCUGGCAGGCGCUGGCGCGGUGCCCCAAGCAGGCCGGUCCUGCGCCCAGCAGUGCUGGCUCAGCGGAGCCCCGGGACCCCGCGCGCUGUGUGGCCACGACGUUUGGUCCCAUCGAGGACCGAGGAUCGGGAUCCUCUCUGCUCCCUCUGCGGCUGCCCUGCAAGUGCUGUGCUUUGCCGCCCACGUUCUCGGGGCUCCUGGUCUCCCCCGGGUCCCCCGAGCCGGCUGAGACGGCGGAGAAGGCUGCUCUGUGGCUGGUCUUUGGGAAGCCGACCGAGCGCGCAGCCUCCCCGGCGGGCAGGCGUUGGGUGACCUAUUUUUCAGGGGUGGGAGGACCAGAUUCCUGGGCGCAUUCCUCACUGAGGUUCGCGGCUCUGUCUGGUUGUGAAACCCACGGCGGCGCCUGGGCAGCGCGAGAGGGGGACCCUGGCAGGACCACACUUCCUGUUUGUGUGGCUGGCUCCUGCCCGCGGCUCCCCUCCCCACAGCUCCAGGAGCGCCGUGUCUCUGGCUUCCAUCACUUCGCGAAAGCUCUGCCGAAGCCAGGAGUUUGCCUGGUGACGUGAACGCCCCGGCUGUAGAUGGCUCUGCAGGAGCUAUGACUCAGCCGGUGUCCCCCGCCGGGCUGGCCCGCCUGUCCCCCUCUCCACGCCGGCUCCCCGUGCGUGCGAGCUCCCUGACGAAGCACUUUCAAGGUCAAAGACGCGCCUGGAGCAGCUCUGCCUGGAGGCCUCUCCGCUUCAUUGCGUCCCCGACUCUGGGUGAUGGGCAGGUGGCGCUCUCUAGGCCCUGAUGUCGAGUGCCGAAGGUCGGAGGGGAAAAGCGUGUGCACCCCCACCCUCCCCGCGACGUCUCGGGGCUGGAGUGGCGCAGCCUGUGACAAGCCGCGUCGAGGCCGCCACGGGGUCUUCAGGAGUCCUGAGCCGCCGGGGCUGGGUCCCAGGGGGCUCGUUUCUGGAACUCCCAGGGUUUGCCCGGGGCUGGCAUGGUGCAGUGAGCUAAGCUCCUGCCUAUGACACCUGCACCCCGAGUCGGGGCGCCAGUUCGAGUCCCAGCUGCCCGCUUCCCAGCCGGCUCCCUGCUAAGGUGCCCGGGCAGCAGCAGGAGGUGGCCCGAGUGCUCGGGUCCCUGCCACCCCUGUGGGAGACCCAGAGGGAGUUGCGGGCUCCUGGCUUUGGCCCGGCACGGCCCUGGCCGUUGCAGCCAUUGGGGAGAGUGAGCUCCUGGAAGGAAGCCCUCGUUCCCACCCCGUCUCUCCCUCCCUCCCUGUCACUCCGCCUUUCAAAUAAUUGAAAAAUAAGUUACAGCCCUCAAGCUCCUAGAGCUGUCACCCAGGCCCGGGGGCAGGAGGGGCGGCCUCGCCCACAGCCGGCCUGGCCAUUUCCGUCGGCACGAACGUUUCGCAGUCGGAGCCAUUUUUCUUCGGAAGACAGAAACAAAACUACAAAGGAGAAGCCCCUGUCAGCAGGCCGCCCCUCCAUCUGCGGUCCCGGCGGCCUCAGCCCCACCCCCCCCUGCCCUGCGUUUACAGCAAGGUGGGGGCGCGAGGCCGAAGGGCAGCUCGCAGGGGGUGGGCGGAGAGCACCUGCCGGGCCCUUGGGCCGGGCUCGCUCAGCCCGCCGUCCGCCUGCCUUUUCUCUAUGAAAAAUGCCGUCUUCCCGCUUGCUGUGUGCCGGAGCUGGUUGUACGUGUGUGCGUGCGCUCGGCGUGAGCAGGGGCCCCCGCUGUCGCUGUCGGCGCGGUACAGCCGGGCGCGUUUCUGCCGUGUCUGUAACAUGUCUAUGAGGAACAAGUCCCAACCGUUUGUGAAAUAAAACCUCUGAAACCUA